GAACGACAAUGAACCAUUAUCUCAGCCAAAACCUCAGGACACCAGAAUACGAACAAGAUAAUGAAUCUAUCCUUGCCGUCUGACUAGAAAAUGUCAGACGCAGCCGCUCAAGUUGCUCGCGAGGCGAAAGGCCUCCAACAAGGAUUGAAGGAGUUGUUGAAGACUCGAGACAUUCUUGACAAAGAUAUUGAUAUUCAAAGGAAGAAUCUCCGCCGCCAAUACCUGCGCCUACUUCUCGUUCAUCCAUACGCCAAGGAAUCCAAGGAUGCAGAGACGCAUUUAUGGAUGCAAACAUCCUAUUCACUCAUUUCCAUCUACAAGCAACGCAUAUCUGCACUAGAUCGCGCGAUUUAUGGACCUCCCCGCCAAGCGCCACAAUCGCAGCAGCCCCAACAACGCAACGUUGUCGAGUAUCGAAAGCUCCUUCAACGCUUUCGUCAGUUCCUUGCGGACGAGGAGAAGUUCUGGACACAGUUGAUCAUCCGACUACGGCGGAACUUUGCUAUUGAUAAUGCGCAGCCUGCUCUGGCAGCUCUUGGGAUUCUCACUGACCAGGAGCCGCCACCUCAACCUCAGCCUCAGGACGGUACGACACCGCGGCGUAACCAAUUCCAGUUCCCGUCUGAAAGUGACGAAGUAAUACCCGAACUCUUACCGACAUCGGCUGCUCAGCGAGAAAGUAGACUUGCCAUCUUCAGCAAAGCUCUCGUUUGUCUUGGUGAUAUUGCUCGAUACAAGGAACAGUACAAUGAAUCUGGCGGACGGCCACGUGCCGGGCACGAAGAUGGACCCCCGGCUGUUCCACCUGCUGGAAGAGGUCGAGGUAGGAGGGGCGGGGCUCCUCCUACGGCUCUACCUAUACUCUCUCGUCUGCGCAACUACGAUCGUGCGAUACUGUGUUACGACCAGGCUCGACUGUUGACGCCCCAUGAUGGGAACCCGUCUCACCAGCUUGCCAUUAUUGCAUCUUAUCAGAAAGAUAUCUUCACGUCUCUUAUGCACUAUUACCGGGCACUGUGCGUUCGGCAGCCUUACGAGACGGCUUCGGAGAACAUGGGAAGCGUUCUUCAUAGAGCCUUGGAUCAGUGGAAGGUGAAACAAGCGAAGGGCGUCGUGGAAGACCUAAGUCCUUUUGAGACGCCCAAUGCUCCUCGCGUUAGGGUAGAGAAUAUCAAGGAGCGAAUCAUUAUUCUGCACGCUCAAUGGCGCUUUGGAGGCAAUGACGAGCAGGUCAUUCGCAAUUUUCAUAGUCUUCUAUCCGACCGCAUCCUCCCAGUUGAGAUCAUUAACAAGGUCAUCGUGCUGGCUGAAGGUGCCUUGUGGAAGCACCGUAUGAUUCGCCCAACGUCCCAUAACGAGAAGAGGAACCCUCGUUCACCCCUCACUGAAUCGAGGAUGGCUACGCAUCUUCUUGGUAUCCAUCGCGUUCUUCUGGACGUGGGGUAUGUUCAGCUCAUGGAGGCGCCUCCGGCCGACGCUGCUGAAAAUGAUCUUGCUCAACGCAUCACUGCGGUCUUUAGAAGAACCCUGCCUGCUCUUCGUAUGUCUGGGAAGUGGAUCCGUGCAAAUACUAGGUACCUGUCUCAAGCCCGCGAUUCCCAGGACCCCGAUGCUGGUGUAAACAAUAUGCAUGCGCCCAAGAGCAGAAGGACGAGAGAUGGAAGGGGUGUCAAUCAAAAGGAAAAGGGAAAUCCCGUCAUCAUCAAGGCUCUUCGUCAAUUCUGGGAAGACUACACGAAAUUUAUGAAUACGCUACUAUCCGCCUUUCCAGCCGACAACCUUCCUGUUUUGCGUGCGCCUUUGGAGGAAGACAUCGAGAUGUCAGGUUUCCUUCCCCUCCGCAAGUACAUGCUUGGUGAAACCAGACAGCCCACGGCUUCUCAGGGAGAUGUCAAAGCUGUCACUAACGCCCCUCAGCCAAGUGUUCGAGGUCGUGAAGAGGUGCAUCCUAACGAGGAACAAUUGAUGAGGAUAGCGGAUAUCCUAAUUGACGCCAAAGCGGUAGCCGAGGACGAGGUUACUCCUGUCACAUUUGAUGGUCAUCGUUUUGUCCUCAAACCUAUGGAACUUGCUAAGGCUGUUUCCGCGGAUGUGGAUGCUACCGACAGCACAAUACUACAAGCGGAUGGUAAUGAAGACUCUGCUGCACAUCUGCAAGCACAAGAAGAAGCCAGGUCUGAUGUGGAUGACGACAUGAUGUCUCGUACCGAAACCGAUAUCGUGGGCGAUGCGUUCCGUCAAGUACUAGAUUCGGACGAAGACGAGGAGCAAAUCCUCUACCCAAGGCCUGCUCCAUCUCCAGAGCCACUGGCUGGCGUGCACUCUAUAGGACCAACAAGCCCUCAUUCAAUCAGUCCUGUCAGCCCCCUCAGUCCCAGAUCGCCACCUUUCACUCCGCAGCGGGUACAACCAGUCUCCCCGCCUCAGCAGUCCUUGAAGUCCAGUGCGCCUUCUCCACCUAUGCCUGGUGCCCCAACUCCUUCAGGAACUACAGCCAAGGACCUCCUGAACGACGCCUUAAGACGUGGUGCUGCAGCGCUGACGCCGUCUACCCAUAAGCGCCUACCAUCCAAUCCUAUGUUCUUUGGUACCGGGCCUACCAUUUGGUCGACAACUACAGAGAGCGAUUCUCUGAAAUACACGAGUGCACCGAGUACUACCCAGAUUCCUAGUGAUUCUAUCAAUCAUACUUCACCGUUCCAGCACCAUGAAUCCCCUCCUGUGCCUUCUCAGCCAUCGUGGUCACGUCUCACUUCUAGCCAACCAGCACCUUCUUCAUUUAUUGGUGCUUCAUCUCCUUGGAAUCAGGGCUUACAAUCUUUGCCCGGGUUGGGCCCCAUUGGUCAUCAGCGAGCGGGGUCACAGUCGUUGUAUACUUCUCGACCGCAACCCUUUACACCUCAGACACAAAGUCAGCAGUACGAGCCAAGGUCUUUACCUCCCCCUGUAGGCGAUCCGUUCAGUAUGCCUCACAGUUUGCAUCAAGAUGUGAACCCCCCUGCAUAUUCCGAUACUAUCUAUUCGGCUUCGCCUAGUUCCGCGUUCUACCGACAAGAGAACCGCGAUGUGUUCAGUAGUCCCUAUACUUCUAAUGGCGGCGGCAGGACGGAACAAAGGGCGUUCCCGGCACCUUUCCUUCCCACUUCUUCAAUAUGGAGUAAUCCUGGAUAGCAUCACGUUCGAAUUCGUUGUGGACGUAUCUUCUAGUGUCAUCUCGGGUUGCGCUCGACGUAGACCCUGGCUUUCGAAUUCUGUUCCCCCAAGGGUGGUUGAACAGAUCCUCGCUAAAUCCAUACAAUGUGGCGGUGGAUGCGUGAUACGAUUAAGGCUGUCGUACAAGACAUUCCCCCCAUAGCGGUUGUAUUCUCCUGUCCUAGCCUAGUGAUUGCUACUCGGUCCCUUCCAUCUUAUGUAUGGUCAGCGUGGAGAGAAGCUGACCUUUGCAUCUUAUACGCUUCGUUUGCUCUCGAGAUGUUUGAAAGCUGUAUUAGCUAUUUACGCUUCUUAUGUAUUCUACGUGCCUGCACGUGUGAUUGUACGUUCACCGUCUUUUGCGAUCACGAUUGAAAUCUUUACGAAGU